AUGGCCUGUAAAUCACCCAUGGGUCUGGCGUUUGUCUUGAGGGUCAAGUAUAACAUUAUCCCAGACGCUGCGCUGCGUCAUGAAAUCGCCAUCACUCUACACCUGUGCCCCGAAUCGCUGUGGGCGGUACCGAUGGCGAUCUUGUCCCUGUAUGUCGAGGAGAGUGUAACCCUGGAGUACACGGUGUACGAACUCAAGCGCUUCAACCUGUUUGUGGCGUACGUGACACUGACCGAGGUGCCAUUGGCACAGCUCACACUGUUAGUUGCACUCGCCGCGGCCGUCUUAAUGGACGUCGAUGUUGAGAGUAUAAGGUAUGACGACUAUUGGAAUACACUGGCCGGUGGCCUGUACGUAUCGGACGAUUUUUUCGGGUUUGUGAAGCGAGGGAUCUUUGAUGCCGCCAUUAUCCCAAACACAUCACGUCCAAGGUCAGCGAAUGAAGGGCGUCGGGACACAGCCCUGUUCUACUUUGGCUAUCUCGCCGGACUCUUCCCACUACAACACGCCGACCAGAUCGUACGUGAUUCCAAACGACCCACGCUACCCGUCGAUGCAAAACACAUCUUGAGGACGAGACAAACCUACCUGGUGCUGCCGAGCAGCUAUAAGUUUAAGAGUAUAGCGACACCCCAGGUUCUAGGUACCGUGAAAUCCAGCACUCACCAGUUUACAUUAAAAUGUGACCUCAAGAAUCUAUACAUGUACCACCACGAUCCAAUGGGUCAUGUGGACAGCUCGAACAUGCUCAUGUACCAGCGUCGAAAGCGCAUGGUGACGCUCACAUCGCUGCUACCGAUUCUUGCUCUACUCUAG